AUGUCAAAGCCAGAAAACCCAUUGAAUGUUUUCUAUCAACGCGUACGAGACUUUUCUAGGCUUGUUGACGUGCGUAACAACACGAAAUCGUACAACUCAUACGUCGAAUUUAUUUUGCAAAAUUCAAAAGAUUUUUUCGAGAUAAUAUUUGCUUUUGCGUUACCAUUGAAGCCCAACGCAAGGGAAGUGUUAAGCGACCUUGUUUGUGAUAUUCCAUUAAAGAAAUUGAAAAACCUCAAUAGCUACACUUCGUCGCGCGUGGAGAUCCAACAACACGCACAAGACAUUUACCAAAUAUUGAAGAAGUACGAGGACGCACAAGUUGCUGAUUGUUUGUACCACUUACUUCCAAUGGUCGAACCACAAUUGUCCCAACUUCCUCUCUUCCAACAAAUACUCAAAAACGUGAAGUUGUGGUUCAAAAGUGUAGUCAUUCCAGUUUAUGUCAGAGAGUCUGGGAUGGAAACACCACAAUUUGAAAUAACUGAAACAUACGCAUCUUUGCUUUGUCAGUUCGGAUGGAAAUCAUUUGUCCCUCCAUCAGAAAAAAUCCAGCGACAGGACCAUCCAAUGUUAUUAAAUGUGUAUCCUUCGCAAGAAACAAUCACAAAAUGUAUCGACGAUAUUAUAGAAAAACACCCCAAUGCAGUGAAGGGAAUCCAACGCCAACAACAAAGCAACCCCACCAUCACACCUCCUCAAAGAGAAAUCGCAACACAAUCCGAGAGCGUUCAAGUACCUUCAAAAGUGGAGGUUCCUAUUAUUACAAAGGAAAUUAUAAUUCCAAAGUUCAAAACUUUGGAAUUUGAGUUUGAGGUACCCAUUGCGGACACCGACGAAGUAGAAAACGUUGUCGACGAAAUUAGAAGAAAGCUUUGUUGUGGGUUUGUAUUUAAAGAUACAGACAGAGCAAUGGAAAUGAUCAAGGAGUUGGACAAACUGAUUAACUGA